AUGCCUGAGAUGAUGGAAAACGUUUCUACUUUUAAAUUCUUUAUUCUUUCUGGGCUGCAGGACUCAGGAGUUUACAAGCCUCUGUACUUCUUAUUGGCGUUUGUCCUUUACAUCCUUAUUAUUAUAGUCAACUUAACUUUGAUCUUUAUUGUGGCAGUGGAUAAAAGCCUCCAUGAGCCCAUGUACAUUUUCAUUUGUAAUCUGUGUGCAAAUGGACUUUACGGGACUGUUGGUUUUUAUCCCAAAUUUUUGCUGGACUUGCAAUCUGAUAUUCACAUUAUAAGCUACAGUUGGUGCCUGCUUCAAACUUAUGUGAUUUAUAACUCUGCGCUGUGUGAAAUGUCAGUUUUAACAGUAAUGUCUUAUGAUCGCUAUGUGGCAAUUUGCAGACCACUGCAAUACCACAGCAUUUUGACUCCACGUGCCGUGUCAAAGUUGCUUUUUGUCUUAACUUUAGUUUCUUAUGCUCAUAUUGUCAAAGUUUGUAUAUCAUCCAGUGAGGGUAGAAAAAAAUUCAGUAAAACUUGUGUUCCGCAUAUAGUGGUUAUGGUCAUAUAUAUUGUGACUGCAUUGUUUGAUGUAUUUUACAGCUGGGCUGGUUCACUACAUCUUCCAAUUGGUGUACGUAAUGCAUUGGCUAUACAAUUUCUGAUUUUUCCCCCACUAUUAAACCCAUUAAUUUAUGGCCUCCAACUUCCACGGAUUCGAAAAGUACUAUGUAGACAAAGUUGUAGACAUAAAGUGUGUUAUCUUAGAAAUAAUGCAUGAU